CCAAUGGAGGGAAGGGCACGUUUCGCUUGCAUCUGUUGAGCCCAUCCUCCAACCACAGCAACGACCUCCGACUAAAGUUGCCGGGACGAACCAUCCGCCGGCCAGCUCCUCACUCUCAUCCCAUGGCCGAGCUGAUAAAUUCGACCCAUUCUUCUGUUUGUGAUUUCCAUGAGUAAUGAGCGCAGCUGGUCCUGCUUGCAACAAGACACAAUUGCCUUCAGUUCAGUUCAGUUCUCUUGUUUUUACUCAUUGCUUCAAAAGAACAAGUUCAACUUCAAAGAUGAGAGAUGAUCCUCUAUCUUGUUGCUGUUACUGUUGCACCAUUCAUGAAUCGUUUCUCGAAUUUCUCAACCCUUUCCUUCUGGAACUCCAAUAUAAGACAAGCUGUGAACCAAGGCCAUGCACAAAAAGCCCUUCUUCUUUUCCGCCAAAUGAAGCAAACUGGGGUUACACCCAAUGGUUCUACCUUUCCCUUCGUUGCAAAAGCCUGUGCCAGAAUCUCCCGUCUCAGGAACUCCAAAAUGAUCCAUGCCCAUGUUGCCAAAUCUUGCUUUCAGUCCAAUGUUUUUGUGCAAACCGCGAUGGUUCAUAUGUACAUUAAAUGUGGUCAUUUGGAAGAUGCACACCAUGUGUUUGUUGGAAUGCCCACUAGGGAUAUUGCUUCUUGGAAUGCAAUGCUUGCAGGUUUUUCUCAGAGGAAUCUUGUUGACAGGUUUUUCUGUCUACUGCGUGAGAUGAGGCAUACUGGGAUUCAUCCUGAUUCCGUCACUGUCUUGCUCCUGAUUCAAUCUGUUUUGGAUUUGAAAAACCCAAAUUUUGUGAAUGCAGUGCAUUGUUUUGCGAUUCGAAUUGGAGUUCAUAUUGAUGUUUCUGUCGCUAACACUUUGAUUGCUGUGUAUGCUAAAUGUGGUGACUUGUGUUCAUCAGAGAUAGUAUUUGAUGAAAUUGACAGUAGUAUUAGGUCUGUUGUCUCAUGGAAUUCUAUGAUUGCAGCAUAUGCAAAUUUUGAAAAGUAUGACAAGGCUGUUGAUUGUUAUAAAGGGAUGCUUGAUUGUGGACUUUUGCCGGACAUUAGUACAAUCCUCAAUUUGCUUUCAUCAUGUGUGCAACCCAAAGCACUAUUUCAAGGUCUGCUGAUUCAUUCUCAUGGAAUUCAGUUAGGUUGUGAUGCUGAUGUGUGUGUGGUGAAUACUCUUAUUUCUAUGUAUUCCAAGUGUGGGGAUGUCCAUUCUGCAAGAUUAUUGUUUGAUGGCAUGUCUGUCAGAACUUGUGUUUCAUGGACUGUAAUGAUUAGUGGGUAUGCGGAGAAAGGAUAUAUGGAUGAGGCAUUAAACUUGUUUAAUACAAUGGAAGCAUCAGGCGAAAAUCCAGAUUUGGUUACUGUGCUUGCUUUGAUUUCAGGUUGUGGUCAAACAGGAUCUCUUGAACUUGGGAAAUGGAUUGAUAAUUACUCUAUUAACAAAGGGUUGAAAGAAAAUAUUGUAGUUUGUAAUGCACUAAUUGACAUGUAUGCAAAGUGUGGAAGUUUUAGCAAUGCUAAGGAGCUUUUCUAUUCUAUGUCUAACAAAACUAUCGUCACCUGGACAAUCAUGAUUACAGCUUGUGCUUUGAGUGGAGAUGUUAAGGAUGCUUUGGACCUGUUUCUUGUGAUGGUGCAGAUGGGAAUGAAACCAAACCACAUAACAUUUCUUGCUGUUCUCCAAGCUUGUGCUCAUGGAGGUUUACUUGAAAGAGGAUUGGAGUGCUUCAGCAUGAUGACACAAAAGUAUGGUAUAAGGCCUGGUAUAGACCACUAUUCAUGUAUGGUUGAUCUUCUUGGUCGUAAAGGACAACUGAGAGAAGCUUUAGAAAUUAUUGAAUGUAUGCCAUUUGAACCUGAUGCUGGUAUAUGGAGUGCAUUGCUGUCUGCAUGCAAACUGCAUGCUAAGAUGGAGAUGGCCAAAUAUGUUUCAGAGAGGCUAUUUCAGUUGGAGCCCCGUGUGGCAGUUCCAUAUGUGGAGUUGGCUAACAUAUAUGCAUCAGCUGGGAUGUGGGAUGGAGUUGCAGCUAUAAGAAGAAAGAUGAAAUAUCUUCAAGUGAGAAAAUGUCCUGGACAAAGCAUUAUCCAAGUGAGUGGCAAAACUCAUAUCUUUACAGUUGAAUAUAGACAUCACCCUGAAGCCUUGUAUAUAUAUGAUAUACUAGAUGGCUUGACUUCUCAUUCUAGACAAGCCCAACUAACAAAUUCAGAGGUAAUUUCAAACAUGGAUAUUAUUGAUUAAUGAUGUACAUUUUGUUGAGUAUAUAUUCUCUCUCAUGGAAAUAAAAUUCUUAAUUAAAUGAAUGUAGUGAUUAUUCAUUUCUCA